UGCGAGUUGUGUGCGGCGCGGGCGGUCCGCGGAGCAAAGAAGUUUGCUUUAUUGUUCUUGAAUGCAUUUUUCUUGUAUUCUAAAAGAAUCGAAUAGGAAGUACGAGAUAAAUGAAUCAAAUUCGUGUUGUUUGUGCUUGUUCAGUGUUGUGUAUAAAGUUUUAGUGAACAUUUGAUUGUUGGUUACUUCGUCAAAUUGCAUGCAUGUUGCACUCGUUUACACCUGUCGCCCGGUACAUAGUCAGCCUAAACAUGUAAAAUGGAUUCUUCUGAUUAGGAUCUACCGGCAAACACCAACGCGGGACCAAGCGACGGAACCAAGCAAAAUGUGACCACCGAAAGUAAAACCAAAUCGAAACGCCUCCAAGCCAAGCCCUGCAAGAUCACAUGAACCAUAUUUAUUGUACUUAUAACUAUAAAUAACCAAUCUAGUCGCCAUAGCACUAUUUAAACGAAGCAAUUUUAGACUUUAUUACUAAGAGAUACGAUUCAAUAUCGUAUUAAAGUACAAAGAUUAAGGAAUUGAGAACAGUACAAACGACUGAGGGAACCCUAAUGUUGAUUUAUCGAUAAAUUGAUUUUAUUAGAAGUUCCCCGGGAUAAACGAACACGAUGUCCACAAGCUUUGAACACUCUUCGAUGAAGAGCAGCUUCUCGUUGUCAUCACUGCGGAGUGCGCAGGCGCCGACCGGUGGGCGCUGCGAGCAACUCGAACGGCCGUAUCAUAGUCUCACUAAAAAGAGGAAGGAGCCAUGUCGCGAGGCGUGGCGCCGCAGCUGGGGCAGCGCGGCGAGCGGCGGCAGCGCGGUGGACGACCUGUGGCCGCUGCUGCAGCACCACUACGACUACAUCAUGGACAACCAGAUCAUUAACACGUGCAAGGAAGCGAACGGAGAACUUCUCUCCCACAGUACCUCCAUGCACGGUUGUCCGCGCUUGCUCAACCCGACCUCGGGGUUCAACCGUCAAUGGUCGCUCAGUCAGCUGGUGGCCGAGUUCAAUGAACUCUGCCAGUGGCUGACUCAUGUCCAAGAGGAGAUCUAUUCUAGUCCAGAGAAUUUAUCCAGCAGGAAACUGAGAAUGUGCCGCAUGACGGAGCUGGUGUCCGUGGAGCCGCGCCGCGCCAAGUUCAUCGAGCAGGCCUCUGCUAUACUCGAACGUAUACCAGAAGCCAGUGCUGAAGUGACGUGGCGGAUAGAACACUUAAAUGUCAAAUGGGAAGGUCUCCGGCUGCUACUUAGUCCUGAGCAGCAGCAUCGAGAGGGAGAUAGUUCUGACACAGUUGACACGGCUCAUGAGUUAAGAUGUCUGCGACGUUGGCUGCACUGCAUGGAGGGUCGCCUGCCGCCGCCCUCGCUGGGCGCUGCCAGGGGCGCCCCCUACCACGAGCUGCUUCGGAAACUCAGCGAACAUAAGGUAUUACAACGUGACGUGGAAUGUCACAGUCGGAUCGUGAGCUCGGUGGUGCGGCUGUGCGGCGGCGGGGACGCUGCGCGUGCGCUUGAGAGGCGCUGGCAUCUGCUGUACCUCAGGGCGAUUGAGUGGCAGUGCCAUCUCGAAGCCUGCCUCGCUAGGAUUGAUAAUCAGGGUUGUAUUUCCGUGGAAGCGGUGAGCGACAGUGACGACGAGCCAGCUCUGAAACAGCCGCGGCUCAGCAGACGAGGGUCGCCGCGGAGACAACGCACGCCGGUCAAUGCUCGUCGUAGAGACAGCUCGCUGGACAGCCGACAGUCUGCGUCUGAGGAGGAACAAGAAUAUGCGCUAACAUAUACGUGGCGCGGCUUCGGGUCAGAUUGCGAGUCGGAACUGGAGCGAGCUCGGCACAUCGCGAUGGCGGACGAGAGGCGCGUGCCCGGGGCUCGUGACGUCACUGCCAGGCCCACCGACCAGACUGUACCGGCUACCGAUCAUGUUGAUGGCAUCGAACUACACAACGUGGCUAUCGAAGAAAAAAUCAGAACUCCACCUACAGUUAUUAAAAGGAAAAAACCAGUAGACACGUCAAAGUUCAACCAGUCAGAUCGGAAAUCAAAACAUCUCGGCACAUUCUACUUCAAGCACCACGACACAGACUCGGACAGGCAGAUGAUAGAGACAGAGAAAUCACAGGAAGAAUCCUCCGAAGAAGAAUGGACAUACGUUGAUGGUGGCAAAAUUGGGAACGAGGACUCCACUGAUAUAAUGACGUCAUCCGUUGAAAUCCAGUGCGAGUUACCUCUUGAUGGAAAGAAAGAUAAGGCACCGUCACCAAAACCGAAACUAGAAUCAUCAACCCCGGACCUACUUAGAGUAGAAAGUUCAAGGUGCAAAGAUCUGGAAAGACUGGUCAAUCAGGCGGAAGAACUGGUGCAAAAGCAAGUGCUGUCAAAGAAAAAAGGAUCGAGAGCAUUCAAGCCGUUGUCAUUCGAAGAAGAAGGAAAAAAUGUUAGUAGAAAUAAAAUGUCCAGGAUCAAAGAGUGGUUGAAUCAGAGUUCGGAAGGCAAAAAUGAUAAUAAUCAGGGUACGGAAAGCUACGAUGCAUCAGGAGAAUACACAACAGAAAGCGAGGUCGACACGUCACUCACAUCUGAGGAAAGGAACAUUCACUCCUCGAUGGAUAUGAGUACUUCGACAUGCACGGUUACUCCUACCCACCAUGCCAAGGUGACACUGCGCAAGAAGCGAGCUGGCAACAGCGCACGGCCGUGGUCCGUCUCCUGCCUAUCACAGCUGAGCGGCGCCGGCACCUCACUCGUAGCCACGCCCACAGCAGGCGACGUUGCCGCUAUGUCACACAACAUGUCGAUUUCCGAAUCAGCUUUGAACACCCUCGCGUCUCCUCAGAGAGUGACCCCAUCUAACUCGAACUCCAAGUUAAGGGGAAGCUCGACCACCGUUCAGGGUCACGUAUCAAGCACGAACACGAUGACAGAGGCAUGCACAUCUUGUGUCGAGGCUAGCGACAAGCAAUGCUGGCUGCGUCGCAAGCGGCUGAAGCUGCGUCGUAACAAUACGGCCGUGCGUCGGGAGAGGCUGGUCAAGUCUCUCUCGUUCUGCGGCCGGAUGAGCCCUGAGAUAGAGGAUAAGCAUGAGAGGAGCGCUGCCAGUGAUCCUGCUACCAGUAGGAAGAGCAGGUUCGACACCACAUCCACAUCAGGCAACGACAGCGACGAAGAACUGAUUAAACAACAGCUUGCUACCAUCGCCCACCUGCGCAAGAGCAUCGAGAAAACCCACAUAUCGACUCGGGAACCCGACAGUGCCAUUCCAGAACAAAAUGAGGUCGAACCAGUGGCCCCAAGCUUCAAACUUGGUCCCGCCGGGGGCUCCGUGAGGCCAAGACUGGCCCGAAGCCUCGAGAGGGAAAGGAACUUCAUAGCUCUUAGUUUAGGCGACCCCAGUCGGCUGUGGGACCUGUCAAUAGAUAAGGACUCUGAUGUGGACAAGAGUGUGACCGCUGGAACUGAAGAACAUAGCUCGUUUUCGGAGCAAGCCUGGGAUUUCUAUCAGGAAAAAUACAACUCGGAGCCAUAUUCUGAAGCCCCCGACUCUGACGCUGCUCGCCGCCUCCUGGAGUUCGGCGACGACUACCGGGCCUUCCUGGACUCGCAGUCGGACUGCUGCUCCAGCCUGUCCGCGCAGCCCGAGCACGAGCAGAGCCCGAGCGGCACGCGCCGCCGCCGCCCGCCCUCCGACGCCUCACGCGAGAGGAGCCUACCCCGCUACAAGAGACCUUCCAGAAACUCCCCCAUAGAGUCGACCUCCAGAAAACCUAAAAAGUCCAUGUCCAGCGCCGAACGCAAAAAGUCUCUCCUCGACAGUCUAGAAAGAUCUAGGAACAACACUAGUAUCGAAAGCAGCGAUGGCGUACGUCGUCGCAAACCCUCAGAGAGCGAACGCAAAAACAACAAGCGCUCGCCCGAGUUCGAUCUGCUGAACGUUCAGGCCCUGAGCCGCAGACGACACAGCUCGAACCUGACCAGCGACGAGGUGAACAGCUCGCUUGAGUACACGGAGGUGAACAACCGGCCGGACAUCCUGGACUCGCUGAGCCGGCGGCGGCGCGCGGACAAGGACGGGGAGUCGGAGCUGCACAAGAUCGUGCUGUCGGAGCUGCGGCGCCGGUCUACGGAGAGCGCGGACUCGGAGGAGUCGGCGUCGGGGAGGGCGUGGGGCGCGGACUCGGACUCGGAGGCGGAGGGCCCGCGCGCGCUGCUGCGGCGCUCGGGCGCGGCGCUGCUGGCGGCCGAGGCCGUGCUGGCGCGCCACGACGCCGAGCCGGACCUGCUGCGCGCGCCCGACUACACGGAGAUCGUCACUCGGUGCCGAGAAAACAUCAACCUAUUAGAUGCUGCCUUGGCCGGGGGUACCCUUUCUACCACUUUGCAACGAGACGUUAGAGCGGUAUCAGCAAGAUGGUCAGCUCUUCGCGCUGCGGCCACAAGGCGUGGCGGCGCCCGGCGCCUGCGUAGGGAGAUGGCGGCGCUGCGGGAGACCCUGGAUGAUGUCUGCGAGCCAGGGGACUGCGCCCCACAGCCGCACACCAGGGCUCAGCUGCACAGGAGAAUUGAGGAGUUAAAGGAACGUCUAUCUCGCCUCCUUGAAUGCAAAGUCUCGAUAUUAAAACUGACGGUAUCAGUUCGUCGGGCGCUGGGCGAGAUGGAGUCAGAUGACGGAGGCCUGGCUGCUGACCUGGCUUCCUUGUUGUCUGCGUGGGAUGACGCACACCAGAGGACUUCAAACGAGCUCCUUUCCCUUGAAAAGGCUGUGUGUGCGUGGGCGGAAUGGGAGGGUGCUCUCCGAGAACUCCAGGGAGCCCUGAGAGGUGACCUGGCGACACUCGAAGCCUUGAGAGAUCGCGGAACAGCUGUCGGGGAUCAGAACGAAGUGGCAGCCCAGAUCAGACAGCUGGCGGCAUCGCUUGUGGAUAAAAAGAAGGGGGGAUCGACAUGUGACUCUCUCUCCGACUCGGGUAUAUCUGACGGGGACAGUGAGGGCGCGGGCCGACGUGCUCGCCGCCUGAGCGCGCUCAGAGAACUGGCCAGACGUCUACAGGCUGCUCUGGCACCCAACUCACCAGCACAAAGAGCUAUAGCUAAGCGUAUGGAACAGACAGAGAAUGAAGUACGCACUCUUCAAGAGUCGUGUCGGGCACUCGUUGAACAAAACAUUCCGGAUCUGAAGAUUGAGGAGGACACUAGGGACAACACGAUCACCGUGAUCACCGGUAACAAGACCGGCUCCGGCGACCCUGACUACAUCCCCCGCGGCGGCUGGGUGUGGCGCGUGCUGCGCUCCUCGCUGCCCAUCCAGCUGUGUCUGGUGGCGCUGCUGCUGGCCGCCUGGCUGGUCGAGAGGCCCCGCUGCUGCGACGCCCUCAAUUCCUUGGCCCAAACCCUCACUCCUCAACUCCGCUAUGUACGAGGACCACCCCCCGUCUGAGACCUACACCAAAAGUGUUCACACACUUGAGGAAAAACCAGCUAGUAUUAGCUCAGAAGUCCAGAACUUCGGUAUCAACCGGUUCCAGUAUUUAGCACGAAUGUGCUCGCCAAUUGAAGUAUUCAAACGGCUAGGAAAUGAAACGUUUUUGACAGACGGCAAGACGGUAGCCAGGAUUGCGUGAAGCAAUAACUUUUUUAAUAUUUUACUAACAUUUUGACUAGACAAGAUGAUAGAAAUGUGGUUUCGAUUGACGUUACUAACAUUAGGAACGUAUGGAGGAAGAUAAAGAAAUAUUGACACGUAGGAGUAGGAACCAUUUUAUGAAUACGAUUAUAUUAAAUGAUGAUUUUAUAGAUAAAUUACAUAAAUGAGAUCGCUAUUAGAAUGACUAACCUUUAUAAGGCAGAAUGAAGUUAAUUAAUGUGUUAUUAUAAUUUUAUCCGUUCGCAUAAUUAGACAUCUUUAAUUGCUCACUGCAAAAAAAGUUCAAACAAACAAAAGUGUUCCAAAAAAAAUAUUAAUCAUCUGUAUCAGAUGAAGUUCAAAUUAGUUAGUCUAUAUUUUAGUAUUAAUGUACUAACAAUUUGACAAACGUUUCUUAAUUUGUACGUAGAGUAGAAGCAUGCCUAUUUUAGUACAAUUAUUUGAUAAGUUACUUAAAAAUAGGUGAGAAUGCGCUGUGUGACAGAUAUUCUACAAUCAACUUUAAAAAAUUAAGACCUUGUCGCUGUUUUUGACAUGAGGCGGUGAAG